CAUGUGUUAUUUUCGGGUGUUUUGCUUUUGCAUAAUAAACAUCUUAAACUACAUAGGUAUAACACUCCAAAAGACGCUCACGGUGACGGUGACGGUGCUGGUGCUGGUGACGGUGCCCAACUCAUACGCAAAUUCAAUUCCUUUAGAACCACUCGAACCUCUCAUAAGUCAUACGCAAAUUCGUCACUCAUACGCUAAUUCCCAAGCUCGAAUUGCAGAGCUCGUUCCAGAUCGAUUUUUCAAGUGUUGUGGCUGAAAAUCAGGAAUGAAUGACCUGUCAUCCUCGGGCCGAGGGCGGCCGCCCCGCCUGCCCUGGCUCAGGGACGGGCCUGGUAAGACCGAGGGGGGAGGGGGCGCAAGUGUUCUUCCUGAUUGUUAUUUGAUCUUGUUUCGUGCUUUGCAUACACGUCUAUGACCUAUUGAUAACCACUACAGUCUGGAAAUAGAGUGUAGAAAGUUGAGAUAUGAUGUUAGAAUAGAGAUAGGUAGCUGCAGAAACAUUAAUUAGCAAAUGCAAGUAAUAAGUGAAGUGCAUGGAAGCAGCAAAGAAAAAGAAAAGUGACAGAUAAGGGAAGGGAAAAGGCGAAGCAAUGAGUAAAUGGAUGAUGGUGAAGAAGAUAUAAAAUAUAAAUUGAAUGUCUCCCUUGCUUCCAACAUUGAGGAUUGGGCACUGUAAAUCUUAUUGACCGAAUUUCCCUUUCUCUCUUUGGUAGUAUGGGAUAAUUAGCCAACAACACGGACCGGUCUGACCUGAUCGAUGUGCAAGAAAAGCUAUGUUGGUCCCAUGGAGCGAUUCUCGUCCUCCAGAAAGAAGAAAAAUAUUAUCUUCCAGGAAUGAAUCCAAAAAAUAUGCUGUUAGCUCAAUGAGAGAAUGAAAGGCAAGGAAGCUUUUUGGCCACUUACACUUUAAGGAAAUAAGAAAAGGAGGCCGACUUGCACCGGUGUAGGUCCAUCUUUCCAUAUUGUGAAUUUUGAAGAUUAGAAUACAUAGGUUAACAAGGCCCCACAACUUUUCAAGUGUUUAAAAGAUAGGCCUUCCUCGUGUCUCAAAGAAUGGAAGGACUUGCAUCCCCACCAUCAUCACCAUACUUGCAUGGUAAGAGAUACCUGCCUUUGAAGGACCAUUACAAGUGUAAUUUUCUCCCGAAACGGCUAGCUCAAGUAGCCUUAAAGGCGGAGGAAUCAUCACUGAGCCACCAUGUGCUUGAUAAGAUGCCCAGGACAGACACUUUUGCUUGGAACCAACUGAUCCGAAGCCAUCUUGCCAUUGGAGAGAUAGACAAUGUCAUGUACAUAUAUCAGCAAAUGUUGAUACGAGGUGUUUGUCCUGAUAAGCACACAAUUCCUCGUAUAUUGGCAGCUUCCCGCCUUUCAAAUUCCUUGUUUCUUGGAAGACAAGUUCAUGCUCAUGCUGUUAAACUAGGUAUUUUUUAUGAAGAUUACGUCAUUACUGCCUUGAUGAAAAUGUAUGGCCAUUUAGACGGUGCCCAAACAGUGAAGCAGGUCUUUAAUAUGUCAAGUGCGGCAAAGAACUCCGUAUUUGGGACCUUGCUAAUCUCCAUGUACUUAAAGGAAAAUAAACCAAGACUUGCAGUUAACAUGUUCUACCAAAUGGUAAAUCUGGGUGUUGAGAUCGAUGCAGUGGCAAUAAUGACUGCAGUUGGUGCUUGUAGCAUGCUGCAAUCACUGCAAGAAGGAAGGAAAGUACAUGGGAUAGCCAAGACUUGUGGAUUGGAAUCUCAUGUCUUGGUAUGUAAUUCCUUGCUAAAAAUGUAUUUAGAGUGUGGAAGCAUUGAUAAUGCUCGAGAAAUUUUUGAUGGUAUGUCAUCUAGAGACUCCAUCUCUUGGACAGAAAUGAUCCGUGGUUAUGUGAAGAAGGGUGGAUUUAAUGAAGGUCUCAAAUUGUUCAAGAAGAUGAUGUCAGAGGGUAUUCGACCUGAUCCACCUGCAGUAUCAAGCAUUUUACCUGCUUGUGCUAGAAUGACAGCCCAUAAGCAAGGCAAAGAAAUUCACGGUUACUUGAUCAGGAAUGGUGUUGAGAUGAACAUUACGGUGGAGAAUGCUCUCAUAGACAUGUGUGUCAAAUCAGGAUCCAUCGAGUCUGCUUCUAAGAUCUUCAGUGGGAUGACAACUAAAGAUGCCAUUUCAUGGACAAUUAUGAUAUAUGGAUAUGGCCUUCAUGGACAAGGAGCGCAUGGGGUCGAGUUGUUCUAUGAAAUGCAAAAGAACAAUCUUGAAAUUGAUGAAGUUGCAUAUUCUUCUGUUCUUUAUGCUUGUGUGGUGGCAAGUUUAGUUGAACAAGGAAAGAUGAUCUUCAGCUUUAUAAGGAGGCCUAAUGUCAGGCAUUACGCUUUGAUGGUUUUGCUUCUGGUUCGUGCUGGACUUUUCAGUGAGGCAAAAAUCUUCAUUGAGGAAAACAAAAUUGGACAACAUAUAGAGGUGGUAAGAGCUUUAUUAGAUGGGUGCCGGAAUCAUCGAAAUGUUAAAUCAGGGAAGAUAAUCAUUGAACGGCUUUGUGAUUUGGAACCACUUAAUGCUGAUAAUUACAUUCUAUUGUCAAACUGGUAUGCCAGCAAUGCAAAAUGGGACAAGGUGGACAACUUGAAGGAAACAAUCAGAGACAUGGGUUUGUUGCCUAAGAGAGCAUAUAGUUGGAUAGAGUUCCACAAUAAGAUUCAUGUAUUUGGGACUGGUGAUGUAUCCCACCCAAGAUCUGAAUAUCUGUACUGGAAGCUCCAAUGUUUGAUGAAGGAGAUGGAGCAACAGGGGUAUGCUUUUGACACAGAUUUUAGUCUUCAUGAUGUCGAUGAGGAGAGAGAGUGCAUACCAGUGGGACACAGUGAAAUGCUUGCCAUUUCCUUUGGUUUGAUUAGCACCCAAAGCAGUACAAUUCGGAUAACUAAAAACAGUCAUGUAUGUCGCAACUGUCAUGAAAUGGGAAAAUUCAUAUCUAGAGUAGAAGGUCGUGAGAUAAUUUUGAAGGAUCCCAAUUGCUUUCACCAUUUUAAAGAUGGACAUUGUUCUUGUGGAGACCUAUGGUAAUGUUUCAUUUUAAGUUGAGAAUAUUGAUGGGAAGUGCUCAUGGUGCGUUUCUGGUGCAUCACAUGGGUUCAAAGUUGGGAAGUCAGAUUAUGCUGCUGUCAUUAAUCAGGUAAACUAUUCCAAACUGAACAAUUUUUUUAAGAUAUAGCCUAAGCCAUGAGUGGGAUUGAGAAGGAGCAAGAUCAUCUGAUGUCCAUAAACGAGGGUUGCAUGUUGAACAACGUAGGCCUUAGGAUGUGUUCUCUAUACCUAUAUUUGACUUAAUUGAAUUUAUUGCACUUGAACUGAAUUUGGGUAGACCUUCUUGGAAUUUAUCUUAACUUAUUUCUCCUGAAUAUACUGAUUGUUUUAAGGUGAAGAGGAUAACCUUAUUUUGAUAUCAGUAAACCCUUCCCACAUAUUAACCUAUAUGAUGCAGAUAUUCAUCCCUGUUGUCCAUAGCCAUUCCAAAAUCCAAACCCAUAUUGAACCAUUGUUGUUUACAUUCAAGUUCAGACUUAUAGAAGUUUCAAAUUUAUUAUAUUGGUCACCAGAAUCUUGUGUGGCUACCAUCCAUUCUCAUGUAGUUUGUUUUAUGUGGAAUUUUUUUACUGGUUAGGGCUUUCCAUCAAUUUUGGAUUUUCAGAUGUAUCCCUUAAUGUGAUUUUAGGCCUUUAUUUACAAAUUUUGUUGUUAAUUCUCGUAACCCUGACAGCCUCACCUCUUAUUGGGUUCUAGGGGCCUGACAAACAAGAUAGAAGUUUUUAAUUAUAGCUGAUGAUUUUGAGUGGUAAAUGUCAUCAUUUGGUAAAUUAGGAUUAUGGAAAUUUCUGGGAUGAUUUUCUUUUGGCAGAAGGUGUCCACUAUUAUACUGACUGAAGGGUAGCAUUAUAACAAGCUCAAGGAUGAAUACUGAUAGCUUUUCUGAAUAGCAAGAGCCAUUGCACGCACACUGUACAGUAGCUUACCCAUACCGUGAUAGCUCUGACAAGGCUGUUGCUAAAAUCAGGGUAAAAGAGGGGAUGUCAUAUUAUGGUGUGUUACUCUUACAAUCAUAAAGAGUUUUUCAGCCUUUUUUCUCGAAUUUCCAAUUGGGCUGUUUCUAGAAAAUGUUGCUCUUGCCUUUUUGCUAUGGAUGAUCUGUUGAUCUGUAGAGAUGGAUAAAAGUUGAGGAUGACAUCAUUGCAUAAUCAAGAGGCUUAAGACUUGGCGUGUAUCAGGUGUAUUAAGAUGUAUAUUGGUGUGACUUUUAUAGAAAGGAGAGUAGGAGACGCUUACUUAUUCAUAUUGGUAACUUUUGGGGUCAGGUAAAUGUGUUUGGCACUAAAGUAACUUUUAACUAUACGUUGAGUGACAUUUACACAUUACUAGGGUGACUUUAUCCAAUUAUAAGUGACUUUAAGUAUGUUUUAUACAGUAGUCUUCUUACGCUAGAACUUGAGUAAGAAAGUUAAGAUGAGAUUUGUCAUGUGUUUUUUUUUGUUUCUUCUUUGGGGGUUGGGGGGGUUGGAGGGGGGGGGGGUUUACAUGUUUAUUUCUUAUAUGGUACAAUUGCUAUCCUUGUUUUUGUGUUUGAAUAAUUUAGCCACUGCCUUCUGCGAUGAAACAAUGAGUGAAAUCCAUUCAAUAAUAUUUCAAGUUGUUACUUUCCUGUGAGUCAUGUGAUGUUUUAUUAAGCAGAUUUGCUGAUUUUUCUCCCAUGAACAUGUCUGAUACUUGUGAAUUGUGAUUAUAUGUAGAGUUGUAAUUUAAGAUACUCCUCUUAACUAUAUGGUCUAUAAGAGGUGCAUGCCUUCUAUGCUGAGAAUCUCUGUUUGGAUAAUGAAUUCUUGCUUUGCUUAUUAAACAUCUACUAAAAGUCUGAAACCAAUGAAAGGUAAUUGGAGUAUUCUUCUUAUUUUACCUGAAUAGCUGAUUCUAUAGAUACUUGUUUACAAAUUGAAUUGCUAAUGUGAAGCAGCUGAUAACUUUUUUUCUCAAGCGUCUAUUGCUACAAUUAUGUAUAUUAAUCUGUGAUUUUAAAACUAUGUUGUGCUAAAGUUGAAGGUAUUGUCCUUGCUGCAAGCAACAAUGCCAAGUGAGCAAGAAAUGAUAGCUUGGAGAUUGACUGAAAUUUUUGUUGCUCACAUGAAGAGAUUCAUGUACAGGCUAAAGCUGCUAUUUGAAAAUUGAGCUUGAGUUGUGUUAUUUUCUCUAUAGGCAAGCUUGAUCUGUCAGGUUUUUGUGUUCAAAUCUAAACUAAUAUAGCCUGUCUGCCAUCAGUAAUCACUAUAGCAGCAUCAGAGGCGGUCACUUGCUCUGGGUUCCGUAAGUGCUCCAUUUCCAAAUAAAAUGCAUUUAUUACUCGAAUUUGGCAAUUUGAAUGUCUGCUUUCUACUGUGUCUCCAGAGUUGCUAACUGAGAAUCCUUGAUUAGGAAUUGCUUGGCAAUACUGAAGCAUCCCAAUUGCUUUUACCCUUUUAAAGAUAGACAUUGUUCUCGUGGAGACAUAUACCAUGUUUCAUUGUAAAGGUAUAUACACCAUUGUUAUUAUACUCGAGCUCAUCAGCUGAGAAUACGUGAAGCUCAACAUAUUUCUUCUGAUGGUUGCGACCCAGUUUCAGUCAGUUUCUCAGGUAAGAUUGGGGGGGGGGGGGUUUGAGCCUUUGCUGAUAUUCUUCCGGUAAGAUUUUCACAUAAAGCUGCAAACCAAAGAAAGAACUUGCGCUUUAGCCUAUGUUCUUCUCAACUUCUUAAAAUAAGUUUAAUAAUAAUAAGUCAAGUUCAGUAAAAUUAAUUUUUCGUUAAGCAAAUCAAAGCUUAGAUGGUGCAUACGUUAGUACAUAGGGCAUGGUGUGCACAAGCACAUGGAUAAUAAUUUAUGAACAUAUGUACAUUUGUAGUUGGAUUUUUUUUUUUUUUUGUUGUUGUUGAUAAGUGUACAUUUGUAGUUGGAUUAUUAUCUAUGUACAUGGGUAACAAGCUAAAUGAACAUAUGUACAUUUGUAGUUGGUACAUGUUAUUUGGUAUCUGUCUCUAUGUACAUAAUCUUGUCUUGCAUGUUCAUUGUGAUUCGUGAGUAUGAUUUUUCUCCUGCGGACGUGUGUAUGUACUAAUUUGGUUAAGUAAAUACUCUUAUAUGUUCCUCAAUAGACUUUUCAUUUUUAUUUUUUGGCUCUAUUCAUGAGUAAGGAAAAUCUUCCAAAUAUUUUUCAAUAUAUAAGAAAAUGCAUACUCGUAUGGGGUGUUGUUCGAUUCCUUUCAUUUUAUACAUCAUUAAAAUCAAACUUUUAUAAUUUUUACUAAUAUGUGAUAGAGAUAUUAAUGAUACGAAAUGUACAUUAACAAAUGUGAAAUGGAGAAAUGAAAAGUCUAUUUGGGGAAGGAGGCGGUAAUAAGCUAAGUUGGACAAAAAUUAAGUUUAACAAAAAUAGGUUAAGAAGAACAUUAUUUGUUGCUCAAUCAUAGCAUAGAGCACAAAAUUGUUUAGUGGUUGGAAUUGGCAAAAUUUUACAAAUUGUUAGAUCAACACAUAUAUCUGUACCACUCGUUUAGUAGCUGGUAUUUGGUGAUAAUUGUGAUGAUGUUAAUGAAAUUAUACUGGUUUUGUAAAUAAAGUAUGAUAUUAAUGUCCAUAGGUAUAGUAAUGAAACUUCAUACUCAAACAUGUGGUUUUUUUCAUAAGAUUCCUUUACCUCCUAGUACCACCACUACCGCUUGUUUGGUGAAAAAUAUUAAGUUGUGGUUUUGACAAUGAAAUUAUAUGUAAUUUUAAAAGCCCCUACUUAUUGCCAUGAUAAUAAAAGUUCAUGUUGUUCCCAAACGUGUGAUUUAUUCUACAAAUUUUCCGAUCUCAUUCAAUAAUGUGUUUUUUUUAUUAUUAUUUUGAUUCAUAUGAGCCAUGAAUGCAGUAUAAAGUACAAAGAAGGAGAGGGAAGAUUUGAAUUUGUGAUCUAUCGUUUACAUGAUCUCAAUCUUAACCACUAGGUCAAAACAUUAUUGUUAACACUAUUACUCUUACCAAAAAUGCCAAAGUAAGUAUUUAUAGAUGGUCAUGAAAAUCAUAAAGAAAAAUACUCCAUCCGUCUUAAAAAGAUACUAAUAACGGUUUGGAUUCAUACUUUAAGAUAAUAAGUUAUAGCGUGGUUAUUAAAUGCUAUGUAAUAAGAAAUUACAUAUGAUAGAAGGUGGUGUAUUUUGUUAUUUAAGGCGAGAGAAAGUUGGAUAUUUUUCAUGGACAGAGAUAUGUGGGUUAAAGAAGUUUUUUCAAAAAUCGAUUAUAAUAGUGGGAUCAUAUUUAAAUGAAAGUGUUCAAACUAAAUUGACACGAACAAAAAAUUGCAAGUGUUCAGGCUAUUAUGGAAGGGAGGGAAUAAUAGGUAGAUAAUUUAUCACCACAAAUAGUGGCACAUGCUUUUUUUUUUUAAUGAAAUUGCCUAUAAUUUUAUUACCAUUGACAUCUUCACUGUCGCCACCUAAAAGAUUUACUCCCGUCUUUUUUAGAGGUAACAUAUUGAUUUUGGGCACUAUUCAUCCAAUACGCUUUAACCAUUAAAUGUUAGUUAUACAUAAGAAAAAAAUAUAGUCAUGUGGGAUCUUGUUUGAUUCGUUAUGGUAUACACUUUUCAAAUAUAUAUUUUUUAUAAUUUUUACUUUUAUACUAUUAGAGAUAUUACCGGUCAAAAUUGUGCCUCGAUAAAUAUAAAAAAUUUAAUAUUACAUUAAAAAAAAACGGAGAGAGUAUUAAUUUACGCAAUUACUAAAUAUCUAAAAGAGCAUUCCGCGGAAGUUAGAUCUAAAGAUCUAAAUUUCUAGGUGUUGACGGGAGUUGUCUUUUCUUCCAGGUGCAGGAAAUCGGUUUAAUCAUAUACCGAAGGAGAAAGUAAUGCUGAUAUUAUUAGUCUUCUUUCAUGCUUGAUAACGCAUUGAUAUUUAUGUCACCCCUAAAAAAAUAAAAAAGUCCCGUCAGAAGAAUGUAAUCAAAACAAUGAUCGGUGUCCCAAAUCAACAAACUAAUGAAGAAAAAAAGAACACGUUAGUUUCUCUACCGUUAAUGAUGUUUUAGGUGAUAUAAGCCUUUAAGUAGAAUAGAAGCAAAAAUCAGACACAAUAAUGCUUUGGAAUCAAUCAAGUGUACUAACAGCAUGGUCUACUAGUGUUGACUGAUGAUGUUACACCACUAACAAAGGAACAAAUUAAACUCAACUAUCUUUUUCCAUCCACUUGGAAACCAUUAGGUCCAUACAAACAUGAAACAACGCAUCUUGUGUUGUGCUAUUAAUUUAAAUUGGACGUGUCAAAGUGGCCCGACUCCAUUUGCUCGGUUCCAAAUACCAAAUAUUUUUACUCAAAUCACAAAUGCCGACACAAAACUAAAAUCACCCAACUCAAACAUUAUACCAAAUAUAUGAAUGAAGUAAUAAUUUUUUUUAAUGAUAAUUUAGCUAAGAUUGUACUGGAAUUUGACCUAAUCUAACCCAACUCGAACUAAAGUAGAAGAGAAGAAUCCAUUACUCAAAGUAGGAUAUGGCUCGAGUAGAAUUGGUUCAAACAUGACAUAUUAUUAGUUAUUCGAUUCGAAAUAGUCUAUUCAAAUUUCAAUCACAGACUUGAAGUGGAUGAUCGAAUAUGAAUAUAAGCUAAUAUUAAACCCAAAGCUUGAAAUAAACAUGAUUUAUUAAAUCACUCACUAGUUAAAUUUAACUUAGAGCAAAUUUAAUAAAGUCGAGCUCCAAUCCGAACAACCUGUUUGUGACCCAAUAAUUAAAAUCAUAAUGGCAAAAUGUUCCUUAUCCGACAUUUGAGAAAGCGACGUCCAACAAGAAUAAUGCUGAUGCUCUUAGCCUCAUAUGACAUUAUAAAACAUCAAAAAAGUUCCACCAACUUGUCUAUUUACAUACUCACAAGAUAAUAAUCCUAGUGCAGACUAAACUUUAUUAAGUUUGAUUGAAUAUUGGAACUUGGAAGAAUAUAAUCAUCAUCUAGUAUGAAAAUAUUAGGAUGGGAUCCAAUGGAAAGCAUGAAGAGUCGAAUCUCCUGCAAUGGAACUUCUUACAUGAGAAUACAUAAAAGAGUAGCAAUAUCUCAUGAAUGUUGUGAAAGUGGUUCAUUUUUGUUAAUCAAGCAAUUAUUUUGGAAGAUUCGAGCAAGGUGGAAGCAAUAUUGUUUGAGGCGACAAAGAGGUAAUACAAUCAACUAUAGCUAUGAUGCUGAGAGCUACCUUCAGAAUUUCGACAGCGGUCAUCGUCCCCUUGAUCAUCCUUCACCUUUUGCACCUUAACUUUUUUUUUUUUUUGUUGAUAUUUCUUGAGCUUAAGAUUUUGGUUCAACGUACUUUGUUUUCUUGGCACACUCGAGAGUGAUUAUAUACUGAUAUGGUAUGAGAAGAUCAUUUUGUACAGUUCCAUAUUUUAAUUUGUUCUUCUGAUUUUGCCAAUUAACUCAAUGAUUAUGUAAAUAUUUGUAUUUUCUUA